UGUAAGAGAAUCCCAGCUGAAUCCACCAAGGAAAUGGAGUCUAGGGAACGUUCUCCUCUCGUGGGCGAUAAAUACCACAAUAACGGAUCUCUUGCACCAACAACUUUUGCCCAAUUCAAGAUUUACAAGCGAAGAUGGUAUGUCUUGUUCGUAUUCACGGCUGAGGCAUUGAUUUAUAACAUGGCGUGGAACACAUGGGCGCCGAUUCAGGAACCGUGUAAAAUCGCUUUUGGUUGGACUGACUUCGACCUCCUGUUGCUGACUUCUUGGGCUGCAAUCAGCCUUAUUUUAACUUCAGCUCCGUUUACUUGGUUAAUGGACACAAAAGGUUGGUGCUUUUAACUCACGUUAGUGACAACAGACUGCUAAGAUAUUUCACGUGAACUUCGUUCUCCCUUAACAAAGCCCCAAGCUAUCAUCCAACGUUUGCUAAUAGUUCAGUUUGACCAGAAUAAAUUUCCUCUGCUCUUGCUGCUAAUGCCCUCCCGAGACCGCAAAACUUUGCCGUUAGUAUAAAUUUGGCAACAGACGACUGGUUACUCGUGAUCGUACCAUUUUGUAGUACCGUUGUGAGACGUGUACAACGAAAACAACAAGCUGCGACAGAAGCUAACCUAAGGUGGGUGGUGGGGGUUUUUCUGGUAGCCUUAGUUUGGGUAUUUAUAAAUUUGCACCCUGUUUUAGAAAAACAUCUUACACUCAAAAUAAUUCCUUUUAUAAAGGUAGGCCAAUUUUCACUGGCAGGAAAUAAACCUUGAAUAAUUUUCUAACUGAAAUUGGUUGCUUUUAGAUAGUGCGGGGGUAUGAGAUUAUGUUCACCUGGCCCCAUGCCAGUUGUUCAAACAAUGGAUAGCGCUAUCCACCAGAUAAAUCACUAUCGAGGAUAACUUUAGGGGAAACUACCAUAAUUGGACUAUCCACUGGAUAGAGAUUUAUCUGGUGGAUAAUACUAUCCAUCGUUUGUCUUGAACAACUGAGGCCAGGUACCAGGUAAAUAUAUCACAUACUCCUGAGGGUGAAUAACAUGCAUAUUUUCCACUUGAUGAGGUUUCCUAGUUAAUAAAAAAAGACUAAUCUAGCUAAUUCUCUGGAGAUAGUAUAUUGUAAAAUAAAUAGACCAAUUUCAAUAUUUAACUAAAAGACUUCACUGUGAGGUUCUGCUGACCUGAUAAAUUUGAGGAGCAUCAAAUUGAAGUCUAUUGUUGUGGGCUGAAUUCUAAAAAUUAAAAGUAUGUAAAUUGGCCUGAAUUCAAGUGAGUUUGUCAAACAGUAGUUUUGUCACAAAGAAAUGAGUGACUCUGGGGAAGAAGACAGUAUUCUUAAUGCAGAGCAGUCUAAUAAUGAUAAUAAUAACAAUAAUUAUGAUAAUGAUUAUGAUAAUAAUAAUAGUAAUAUUAAUACCACUAAUAAUAAUGAUGAUGAUGAUGAUUUAUAUAUAGUUUGUAGAGCACAAAUUGUUACAAAUUGUUGUUGCUAUUCCUUUUUUUUGGACAUGCUCAAAUGUACAGUUAUACAAGUUAUGCAUCAUAUUUUUUUCCAAUGCAUGGUAACAUAUAAAUUGUGACAGGCACAUUUUAUCGCUGUCAUCUUUCAUAACCAUCACGCUGACAAUGAAGGAUGUACCGUCGAAACAUGUUUGUUAAACAUAAAAAAGUUGCAUUAUUUUUAAAAUUUCCACCAUACAACAAUAUUAUUUAUUCUGUUAUUAUGAUAUUCAGUGAAAGAUUACUUGGGGAAAAAAAUAAAUGGUUUAGGGAAAAUGUUUCAUCUUACAAAGCUUUAGCCCUGUACCAACCAAUUUUUUGAAACAUACUACCUUUCUAUUUCUUUUUUUAGGUCUGAGAAUAUCUGUGCUCUUAAUUGCCUUUCUAUCAGUUCUGGGCAAAUGUCUUCAAGCUAUUCCAGUAAGGGAUAACAAGGUGCGAUCUAUCUUAAUAAAUGCGGGUCAGUUUAUUACUAUGGCUGGUGGACCUGUGGCUAUUGGAGCCCCUCCGCUAGUCUCUGCAACAUGGUUUCCACCUAGUGAACGUACCACAGCUACUGCCAUCGGAACAUUAGCAGGAUACUUUGGAAUUGCAAUGGCAUUUGCUGUUGGUCCUGCUAUGGUUCCGUCUACUGUCAGUAAUUUGUCAGCCUCAGAAACAAAAGAAAAUUUGGCCAAAGUAAUGAACCACCAGAUAACACAGUAUACAUUUUUUGAAGUAGGUUUGUGUGCAGCGGUGUUCGUCUGUGUCUUACUCUACUUUCCCGCGAGGCCACCCCUCCCUCCAUGCCUCUCCUCCUCUACACAGAGCACACAGAGCACAAGAGCUUCGUUUAGACAAGUCAUGAGAGAUGGCCAGUUCUGGUUGUUAAUAAUGCUAGCUGGUUUGGUUUUUGGUGUUUACUUUGGCUGGUUGUCCAUGUUAGAUGUCUUCCUGGACAAGUUUAACGUGGACCCUACCACUGCCGGAUGGCUUGGCUGUGGUGCUACAUUAGCAGGUGUUGUUUCUGGGAUCUUGCUGGCAAGGUAAUAAAUCAAAUACAGUAUACAAUCAUGUGUCUUUUAAGGUUGAGAGUUAACAUGGUGGUUCAUGUAGUGUUGACAUGUCUCAUGUUGUUGCAAGCUUCAUAUUUAGAAAAAUGUUUUUGUUGCAUAAACUCACUUAACCUAAGCUAACCUCACCUAUGCACACUUUGUUGCACAUAAGACCUCCAUGCCUAACUAGCCCUAUCCCUUGCACAAGCUAUCUUGCUUGAACCCAACACCCAUUCUGGCUAGCCUCUUGAUUCUUCCCACUGCUUUCUUGAAGAGUGUGUCUGGUUUCAGUAAUAAGUCAGACCUUUUUUACAGGCAUGGGACAUUAACCGAUUGCCCAAUGGGCCAAGUGUUGUAAUUCGCCUGGCCUUUCACCCAAAAUCUCAUGCCAAGCACAGUUGAACCACCAAGGACUGAUGAGAUCCCAACUAGUGGUCCCAACAAGAUCACCAAAGCAUGCAAACCUUUGCACCAUGUUAAGGCUUGAUGCUUUAAUAUGGAUAGAGCUUAUAAUAAGUAAGCUUUUUUUCUCUUGCAGGUGUGCAGACAUCAUCAAACACAGAACCAAACAGAUGCUAAUGUUUCUUUUAGUUCUGUCAACAAUAUCCCAAUUGAUCUUCAGUUUGUCCUGUGCUGGAAUUCUUCCAUCCAAAAAACCAAUUCUCUUCACUUCUAUCAUAUUUGGUGGUUUGGUCUACAAUGGUACAUUGCCACUGUUUUUUGAACUGGCAAUGGAAUGUGUGUAUCCAUUCGGGGAGGGUAUUGCUGGAAGUCUUUUAGUGACCAUGGGAAAUGUGGUCCUGAUGCUCUUCUACAUCGCUUUCAUGCUGCCACACUCUGAUGUAAGGUGGAUGAACUGGGUAACUGUUACCGGUCUGGGUGUUUGUGUGUUAGGGUUAUUGAUUUACAGAGAAAAGUACACAAGGCUUGAGAUAGAUGCUCGUAGUAAUGUGAGCAACGUUAACAGAGAUCUGGGAAAUACUGGUGAAUCUAAGCCUUUACUUUACCCUGCUAGUUAACCAGCAAUUUCUUUGUCUGAAGUUUAGGACUGGUGAUUUCAUGAUUCAUAACUCUGAGAUUUUUGACAUGGAAGAAUCGUUUGUUAAAGGGAAAAAAGAGUAAUUUAAUUUUAAAACAAAUUUCUGAGCGUUUUUGUAUCCAGAAUUUACUGAGGAAAACGUUCAGGUAUUUUAUUAGAACUAAUUUUUACUGUUAAGCAAUUUUAUCGAAAUUUAGAAUCAAUUUUAUCAGAAUCAUUAACGGUCACUGUUGUGUCAUUGAGGAAAAAACUAAAUGUUAAUUCUUUAUUUUGUCUUUUGGUAACUUGAAGUUUAUGUCAUUUAUAAAUAGAUUCUUGAAAGAAAUAUUAUUUAUAAAGAGAAUCAAGGCAUACAUGUAAUACAAAGAUGGUUUUGACAGUAAAAUGCAUUUUUUACUUUUUUAUUUAAAAGUUUCUGAAAUCCAACUGAAAACUGCGCUUCAAAACGGCAAGCUAGCCUCUGAAAAAUGCUCGGACGAUGGCCAGCCUGCCAACAAGUUCUCUUGGCGAAGAAGCGAGGUGGGCGGGCGGGGGGAGGAGGUGUUGUUUGGAAGUUUAGGACACCUGUGACUCGGCAACGUAAGGACAGUGUCCAACGUUCUUCCAGAGCGCUCUGACAAAAAAUAUCCUGUCUUCGCUUCAGAUAUUUAGUUAAGUCCAAUUGUCAAUUUAGGGCGCAAUCUGUUUUUUGUUAUCACUGAUUACUUUUGGCUUGUUUUAUAUUUGAAGAAAGCCGGUCCGUUUAAGCUACGGUAAACACGUGCAGCAAAAACGUGCAACUGCGAACGACCCAAAUCAGGUUGUGGCAAGUUGCGAGAAUACUGACUUCUGAUUGGAUAAAAUAACGUGGUAGUCUUUUGCAUACAUGGGAUUUACAAAACAAGUUUGUAUUAUGGAGUGGCGGUGGGGGGGGGACCGCAAUAUGUAACUGUUGUUCGAGCGGAAAUCUUAGCAAGCGGACCAGCCCACUUUGCUUAUAAACACAACGACAAUUUUAAGCGGUAAGAAGGCAUGAGCCGAGCCAGCCCAGCAAAGCGGGCUAAACAGGCUUGCACGUGAAUUAGAAACGUGAACUGGGGAAAAAGAGGAAACCACGUUUAAACCUCUCAUACUUUGUUGAGAAUUUUGCGCUACUGUGCAAGGGAAUUUGUUUUGAUUUGUUUUCUGAAAAGAGGCCUCAAUGCUUUUGAGCAACUUUUCCUACAAAAACGUACUGGCCCAAGCAGCUAUUGUCUCGUUCCGCUUAUAAAAAGUACAAUCGGGCAAUAAAUGUCAAUCAGCACUGAGUCUCUUUCAACUUUUUCUAGUCACUUACCAGAAAAUAUACGUUCAGUUAAACAGUUAACAGUUUCAUUACCGUGAAAAUACUUAGGUUUUCGCCUUUACAAAUUAAUUUAGCAUUUAACCACAAAGAUAAAAAUUCAAUGGCACGAAAAGGCUUAGACUUGCCACAAGUCAAUCUAACGAGUUUUUGAGCGGAAAGUGGUUUCUAUGUUAGAACCAGGCCUAGGGGUAACCCGCCCCUGGUUUCUACUUUAUCGUGUAGCCGACCGUGUAGCCUGCGUUGCAGGUGCAAUAAAGAAAGGGAGGGGAGGGGGAGAAAGCCAUUCUCGCACCCAGACGCCGCAAAUUUUUUGGUCAGCGACGGGGAUUGGAAAUCUCCCCAAUCCCUCUCGCUUUCAUAGGUACAUGAAUAAUCAGAGUCCUCACUCAACUUCUGUUUUGUUAUACGAAUUUACUUUUUCAUGCAAAAAACAGCUCAAUAAUAUUUAAAGAGGAAAAUGAACGUCAAUUUAUUUAAGUGAAUGUAAUCUGCACGCAAUGACUGAAAACUGCGUUUUUGAGAGUGUAGUUUCUUGACCAACAAAAGGUCAAUUCAACCCAAUUUUACUAGUUUAACCCAGAAGUUAACCAGAUUUACCAGUUCCACAGUAGGAAACUCGCAUGCAUAAACGGAUAGGACAAGACUCUUCAAAGUUCCUAAGUUGAAGGUUCUCAUGAUGUCGGCUGAUUGCCACUCUGCCGCUAUUACGCAAGGCCCAUCGAUUUAAUUUAAACUGACUUUUAACUGUUCAAACAGUUAACGGUGAAUAUCGUGUCGACUGUAUCUUGCACGUCGAGUAGCGGAAAAUAAUGGUGUGGACCGAAAAUUCGCCUCUCCUAAGACUCGACCAUGGCCACAGUAAAGCCGGAUCACCUGCAUCAAACUCCAAGGUAGAAAUCAAGAUUUACAAGCGCAGAUGGUACGUCUUGUUUGUAUUCACGGCUCAGGCAAUGAUUUAUAACAUAGCGUGGAACACAUGGGCGCCGAUUCAGGAACCGUCUAAAAUCGCUUUCGGUUGGACAGACGUCAACCUCCUUAUGCUGGCUUCCUGGGCUCCAAUCAGCUUUUUUGUAACUUUAGCUCCGUUAACUUGGCUUAUUCACACAAAAGGUUGGUUACUAACAUUAUUCUGGGCGCAGACUCUAACAGAGAGGGUCUGAACUGGUUUUAGUUUUCAGUCUCAGUUAUUUACUAUUUAACCAUCAAUUCUGAUUUAAACUGAAGAAAUUUAGCCUUCCUUUUUUCGACUUUUUCUUGACGUUCCCAAAGUCCUUUGAAGUCGCGCGGUUUUGUUUUGUCAACCUCUAAAUUUUACAACUGCGUUGUCCGCUUGGCUCGCGGCCUUCCUAACACCAUUCGUUCACUUAAGAGUUACAGACAAACUUACAGGGUAAAAGUUUACCCUUUUCAGUUCAAAGUGAAAAUCCUUGGUUUUGUUCACAACCAAAGACAACCGUCCUUUUAUUGCUAAUAUAAAGCCACUUAUUAUAAAAAAGAAACAUUUCAGUAUUCAUUGCAGUCCGCUUUUUCUCUCAGAUCCGUCGAGUUCUUAGUCUCAGUGGGCAUUUUUGCUCUCACUUUUACCGAAUGUUAAUAAUUGACUGAUUUAUACAAGCGUGGCCUGUACGAAACAUAGUCUCUCAAUUUUUUGCCGGAAAUGUUCUGUUUCGCCAGACGUGAGUGCCCAUGUGUUCAACCACAAGCUCACGAGUAAGAAUCGUGAUUGCGCAACAGAAAUAUUAUAAGUUCUUUUAUGGGGAUUUUAGCGAUCGCUAUUUAGGGCACGAAAAAAGCAAUAAAAAUACAUAACACUUUACCUUGCCUCCUUGUUAAAUUCAUAAUGUGUGUAUUUACCAUAUUUGGCCGUUCCAGCGCGUUUCUUGUACAGCGAAUUUUAGCUCUCCCGUUGUUUUCCUUUCUGUGUUUUAAUUGCUGUUGCGCAACAGCAAUUCUCACAGGUGAGCUUGGGGUACCUAUGUUUCAAUAGGAAAGGCCUUACAUUGGUUUAGCUCCAGUUCAAGACAAAUUUUUCACUUUUAAGCCUGACGAAAACCCCAAGUAGUCAUAAGUUAAGGUAGUGCUACGUCUGUCAAAUGAAAGAUAACCCGUAGUUUCGAGUGAACAAAACAGUGUAAAAUAGUUGUUAAUGAGAUUUGCCCUGGAGUAAAUUCCAGGGUCGAAGGAGAGUGGGGAGAAAUACCUUGCGAUCAGGCGUUUUCUAAGAAAGGGCAUGAUUUUAGGCUAGAGGUAUAAAGUUCCUUAUUUCUCAUGCCUCCAUUCCGCCCCCCCCACACACACACACACACAGAAGUUACAACUUGGGAGCUAAAAAUUAUGCGCGUGCUACUGAGGACAUUUAAUAGGGUCAAGAUAGAAUAGGCUUAGCAGCUAAAUUUCUCUUGAUAGGGUGCACUUUACGAUCACGAGAAAAAAACUAGCUUAGACGAGCAUGAACUUUAAGGGCACGCUAAAAGGGCCGGCUCUCGAUGACGUUUAAAACUUAUUAUCGAUUACUAUGUAAAAAGACAAUUAUAGAAAAUGAAAAAAAAAAGUUGUUCAGUUUUUGGUUGUUUGUUUUAGAAGAAAUACCCUCGGUAUCAAGCCAAGCUCGGACACGUCAUUCAAAUUAUACGAUUAGUAAAACAUAAGUAAACCUUAACAAAUCCUGAAAUGGCAGAAGUUAAGGCUUGCCAACAACCGGUCUGUUACGUCACAAAAUGUUAAAACAAAUACAAAGUGUAAAGGAACGUGCCCACUAUCCAGAGCACAUGUCAAUGUUGCCAAGGGUUAAUUUGCCCGAUCAAGAGAAAGCUCAAGUCGAAUUUCACAAUUUCAACCACUUUAAAAAGCAGAUCGGACAAUGUCAUUUCAAGUUUUUUUUGCCAAGCUUCUCAAUCUACUGCUCCAUAGGUCUUUUCCAGGCAGUAGGGUGCUUUUCUCUUUUAGGGCCUCUAUAAAUGGAUUUAAAAGGGCCGAGCUAACAAUUUUCCUGGCUAGCAUUCUUUCUUUCCCAAGUGUGUGCUUAAGACGAGUUUUCUUUCAAUAUAUGCCAUACUAUUUGCAAAGAUUGCCCCGAAAGGUCUAUCCCAUAAAGUGACAAAUUUGAAAAGAUGAUUCACAGGUUUUUCUUGGCUAGUCAAAUAUCUUGACUAAAACACCAUGCGGGCACAUACGGGUAACAUAUACGGGUAACAUGCGGAUACAUACGGACCACACGAAUACGUACGAGUAACAUACAGGUAACAUAACGGCUACAUACGAGUAACACACGAAUAAGUAGUAACAUGCGGAUACAUACUGGUAGUGCGUAGCUGAUACACAUUAAAUCUACCCGUUGCUGUAGAGAGAAGGGGCCUCGUAACGCUAUUUGAUGCCUUUUUAAAGAGACAAAACGUGUUCUCGCAUCAAUUGAGUUCCAAAAAUAACAUUUAUCCAGAAUGAAAGGAUGGACAACGAUUGAAACUGUUAAAAGUUGGGCCAACAAAAAGGUAUUAUCGACAGUGCUCCUGUUGAAAUUUGGUAGAGCAGGAGCAUUAUCAUAUUAUUAUUAUUAUGAUAAUAAUUGUCUAAAUAGUGUAAUUUUAAAUUUUUUCUUAGGAUUUCUUUCAUCUUGAUAAUAGCUGAUGUUUUUUACAGUUUUAAUAGUUUUUGGAUGAAUUUUAAGAACCUUUUAGCGUUUAACUUCGUUUUUGUACGCUUUUUGUCUAAGCCGCGUAAUAAUUUUCCUAGCUAAAAUUGUUUUAAGCAUACUACCAUAUUCAGCCUUGUUUUCCUUUCUAGGUCUGAGAAUAUCUGUUCUCCUAAUUGCCUUUCUACCAGUCCUGGGAAAAGGUAUUCAAGUUAUUCCAUUAAGUGAUAACAAGAUGCGGACCAUCUUUAUAAAUGUAGGUCAGUUUAUCGCCUUGGCUGGUGGGCCAGUGUCCAUUACUGCUCCCCCUUUAAUCUCGUCAACAUGGUUCCCUCCGAGUGAACGUACCACAGCUACUGCUACUUCGACAUUAAUAGGAUAUUACGGAACUGCUAUAGCAUUUGCUGUUGGUCCCGCUAUGGUUAACAAUGGUGCUCCGCAAUAUACAAUCAGCAAUUCUUCAGCAUCAGAGACAAUGCACAGUUUGGCAAAGCCAAUGUCUUACCAAGUAACACAGUACAUAUUUUUGGAAUUAUGUAUCUCUAUAGCAGCGUUCCUCUGCGUCCUGGUGUACUUUCCAUCCAGCCCACCCCUCCCUCCUAGCCUCACCUCUUCAAGACCUCACACACAGAAUAUAAGAGAUUCAUUCAGACAAGUCGCGAGGAAUGGGCAGUUCUGGUUGCUAGCUUCUGUAGCCGCUUUGAGCUAUGGUGUUUACCUUGGCUGGUUGUCCAUGUUAGACGUCGUCCUGGCCAAAUUUGAAGUGGACCCAACCACUGCAGGAUGGCUCGGCUGUGGAGCUACUUUGGCAGGUGGUGUUUCUGGGAUCAUGCUGGCAAGGUAACGUCUAUGCGAAAUUCGUGACUUCUCUUUAAAGAGGCUAUGUCACUAGGAUAUUGCCGUUUUCAGGGGCGUAGCCAGGAUUUUUCAAAAGGGGGGUCACAGAGGCUACUCACCAGGUUUAUACCGCUGCUCUCCCUCGUGUAUCAGCGGGCUCAGUCGUAUUACCCGCUGCAUGAAGGCCCAUAUUAACUAAAGACAAGAGCCGUUGACGUAAAUACUUUACAAACAAACAAAUUUUAAAAAAGUGGGCUUUUCAACAAUGGCUUUUACGGCCAAGAUAUUGUCAUGGCGGUUUCGCCACCUGAAUAUUGUAGGUUGUUUGCUCAAAAGAAGGCCUACCAAAGGGGGGUCACGGACACCCCAGGACCCCCCCUAGCUACGCCCCUGCGUUUUAGGUUAAUUCUGUGAUGAAGUCAUUACAUAAAAUGUUUCUGUAGAGUUAUGAAGAAGAUAUCAAACAAAUUUUAUAAGGGAGCAGUAAGCAUAAUGAUUUUUCUAGUGAGUUUUGCAGGUAUUGCAUCAACGUCACCUCAAUAAGUUGUACACUUCAGCCCGCGCGAUACAGUCAAGUGACCCUGGUCAGCGGAUACCCUUUUUUGCAGCUGUCAAUUGACCAUAACAUGAACGUCCAUAAGGAUGUCCACUAACAAGUUAAACACAGAUUGUGUAUGCUUUGAACAACAAGCCAGUAAUGUCCAGUCAUUACAAGAAAAUAAUGCCCGAUUAGCAGCCAAUCAGAGCGCGCGUACUAUCGGUAGUCAUGUAAUGAAAGGGUAUAAUAUAUCUGCUCCUCGAAUAAGAACAAGAUACGCCGAACGUCUAAGUUAUUAUAUGAGAUCGCGCUUCAAUUAAUCGAUUUUCCAUGUAUUCUCUCGUAACCGACGUAACCACCUCUACUUAGUCGGUCACUUUGGCGAGGUCUCUUUACGGGAAGUUGCUCAGUAAUUAAUGUGUUGUCUUCUUCUCUUGCAGGUGUGUGGACUAUGUGAAACGUAGGACAAAACAGAUGUUAAUGCUUCUUUUGGUUCUUUCAACAAUGUCCCAACUUACCUUUAGUUUGUCCUGUGCUGGAAUUCUGCCAUUCUCCAAACCACUUCUCUACAGUUCAAUAAUCUUUGGUCGUAUGGCCAACAAUGGUACCAGACCUCUGUAUUUUGAACUUGCAAUGGAAUGUGUGUAUCCAUUCGGUGAGGGUAUUGCUGGCAGUCUUUUGGUGACCAUGAAUUGUGUUUCCAUGUUGCUUUACUACACCGCUUUCAUGCUGCCGCACUCUGAUGUAAGGUGGAUGAACUGGGUUACUGCUACUGGACUGGGUGUUUGUGUGUUGGGGUUAUCAUUUUUCAGAGAAAAGUACACAAGGCUGGAGAUAGAUGCUUGUAAUAAUUUGAAAGACAAAGAAUCAGAAAUUUGUGGUGAAUAUAAAAUUUUAACUUGACCUUCAAGUUGUCAUUUAACUGGCAAUAGACCUUUGUCACGAGGUGGCCAUUUUGUCUCAGGAGAUUUCAAAAGUUUUGUUUAUGAAUGGCUAGCCUCGUUCUCGAGAAAAUGUUUCAUAAUCGAUUCUAAAAGUAUUAGAUCUUGCGACAGUUUGAGCGACUUUUAGAAAAAAUUAAGGACUUAUCCUUAUUGAAUUAGUUCUUUUAUAUUUUAGUCGUUUAAAUGGAAAGUGUUCUUUUUUAUCAAUUAGUUUUGUUAUGCUGAUUUAAUUCGUUUUAAUUCGUUUCAUUCAAUUGUUCACCGGCUUCACACUAGAGCUUCAAGUAUAAUGAAAGUGUACUUGGAACCUACUUUGAUUGUGAAGAGGUAAAAUGUGCCUACUUCCACUUUAUUUGGUAACCAUGGAAAUGUUCGUAGUUCAAAGAAGCCGACGUUCUCCACCAAGUAUGGGCUACACCACACUUGAUAACACACGACCAACAAGAAAUGGAAGCCAUGUGCACGAUGGGCACCUGCAGCGGUUCCAAGAUUCUAAUGAACGGAGGGAUUGAUAGCUUUUUUUUCGAGUAAUAGACCGUAAAAUUCCGAAAACUGAGCCCCUCCGUGUAUAAGCCCCUCCAAAUUUAAGCCCCUCAAACUCGUAACGCUAAAAAACCCUCCGUUAAACCGCCCCUCCGAGUAUAAGCCCCCGGGGGCUAAUACUUGGAAAGUGCCCUCAAAUGCAAAGUAAAACAAAGCAAAAAAGGUGCAGUAACAUAAAUUUUUGUAUUUGCCAAGGAACUAUUACGUGUGUGCCAAGUGUUUUUAGUCAGAAAGUGUCACAGUUAAUUGCAGUUUGCGUGGUUCCUCUUCACACUUGGCUUUUAUUUCCUUGGUCCAUAUAGACACAGUACUUGCAUGGCUACGUUUUAGAAAGGUGUAUGUCCUCAAGGCGAGUUUGAGGAAACAUUUUCUGCAAGUUACUGACAUAAAUUUCCUUUCAACUAUAAGCUAGCCCAGUCGAUUUUGAGACGCAGAAUUCCCUCCAAGUAUAAGCCUAGCCGAUUUUGAAACGCAAAGUUCCCUCCGUAUAUGUCCCCUCCAAAAAUAAGCCCCUCAAAAGAGGCCCCGGGGUCUAUUUUCGGAAUUUUACGGUACUUUGUCAAUAACUAUGGAGCCAUGUUUUCUACAGAGCGACGUAAGAUUUCCAAGUGUACUUGAAUCAAGUGCUUACUUGAAACUAACUUCGCUUCUAGUGUGAAGCCAACAAGUAUAAUGUAAUUUUACAAUGAAAUACUCUUAUGAACAAUAUACCAUAGGCCCUUUUUGAGGGGCUUAUUUUUUUUUUGGGGGGGGGGGUCUUAUAUUCGGAAGGGCUUAUUUACGGAGGGAAAUUUGCGUUUCUAAAUCGAUUGGGCUAGCCUUAUAGUUGGAAGUAAAUUUAUCGUUUUUGCUUUGUUUUACUUUGUAUCUGAGGGUAAUUUUCCAAGUACAAACCCCCGGGGCGCUUAUAUCUGGAGGGGCGAUUUAACGGAGGAUUUUUUGGGUUACCCGUUUGCGGAGCUUAUAUUUGGAGGGGCUUAUACAUGGAGGGGCUUAUACAUGGAGAGGCUUGUUUUCGGAAUUUUACGGUAUGUAAUAUUUUAAACAUUUAUUGUAAAGCGCCAGUGGACAUCACUAGAAAUGGCGCUUUAUAAAUGAAGCAUUAUUAUUUUUAUUAUCAAGAAGUUUACCUAGUACCUAUUUUGUCGAAGAAACUGAACAGGAUUGCUGUCGACAAAAUAGUAAAAGCCGGUUUGAAUAUAAGUAAAUCAGGAAUUACAAUUAAUUCUUUGCGGCACACACAAUAAAAAUAUAACCAAAAUCAGUGGUCAUUUGUGGCCGGUUUGAACAAGCAAAGACAGAGAAUUAGGUCGCCUAUCAAAGUACAACUUACCUCUUGCUCUGUUUUUCUCUUUUGCGAUUGUGUUCUUAUUAUGUAGACCCUUCAACGAUCCUCGUCUGUAAAACUAAGAUUUACGACGCUAUAUUCUAGUCCACGACCUCUUUUCAGUAUUUCUUUCUUUUAAGCUAUCCCAUUGAAUGACCGACGCGAGGAGCGCCAGCUACAGACAAUAGAACCCGUGAAAACUGGUGGAAAGCUCGUGCACUCGUGCUCCCCAGUGAACCAAGUUGUUUGCAGCUUCUGAUUUUUUCUAUUCACAACUGAAAAACAUCGUUCCCACCUUGGAUUGGCUAGAACUCUUCCCCCUCAAAGACACGGUUCUUCUUCAAUGGGUACCGGUAAAUAUUAUUUAAUAAAAUGCAGAUUAAGUUCGUGGAGGUUGCUAUUUGCUUUUAAUUGCCACUGCAGGCUGUGAGUGGUUCAAUAAAAUUCAAAGAAAAUAUUCAGUCGAUUUAAUUAAUAUUCUGUAAAACCCUGGAGCUGAAAUCUGUUUGCCAACCCAUUAGUAAGGCGUGUUUCAUAGUUUCUUAAUAGAUAGGUAACUUAAUAUUUUGCAGCUUCCCCGUUCGACUCAUACAUAGUCAAAGGUCGUUUCAAAGUUUAGAGAAGUCCACACAUGUAUUUUCUACUUUUUUACAUUUCGAAAUUGUUAUACGUAAGUUCACGAGCCGUUAGGCGAGUGAAAUUUGAGACAAUUUUGAAAUAUCACGAGUGGUAUUUAUGCCAAAUAUCAAGUACAAAUCAUGCUAUUAUUUGUUUAUACUACUACCCGCAAAAGGUUUGUAAUUUUCACUCGUAGGUAUUUCAAAUUAAACUGAAAUGCCCCUGCUCUAAGCCAAUCAAUUGAAGAAAUUUCUCCUGUAGUAGUAUAAAAUAUGUAAUUGUAGUUGUGUCACGGCUUGCUUUGAGUUAAGUGUAAAUUCGUAUUGUUCCCAUUGAGGUUUGUGGCUAAAACCACGAUUUGGGUAUUUUAGAGCUUUUCUUUAGCAGAAGAAGAAGAAGAAGAGUUGUCUGCUAGUUAUAAAAGCUUUGUCAUAAUAACUUAUAAGAGUACAUCCUUUCGGUGAGCAAUAGAGGAGAGAAGUAUGACGUCACGUCACCAUGGUAGCACUAUUUCUGGAUGACAACAAUUCCAACGACGACGGCGACAGAAGGAAAACGGCAAAAAAGUAAAAGGUUUUUAUUGACAAAACAACAAAUUUGCACGUGCAUCACACUAUUUUGUACAUUUCCUUGCCGUCGUUGCUCCCCUGCGACAUGAAACUUCCUAAUUUCACAGGCUCGCCUUAUGGAGUCAGGGGCACCCAACGAGAAUAUAGUUCAAAACCACUUAAACAUAGCAUUGUUAAACGUAUUUUAGUAUUCAAACGGUAGAUAAAGGCAUAUCUUUAUCCCCUAACAAUUUUUCAUCUGUUCGGAUUUAUGGACCGCCCGAACAAUGUGGCAAGUAAAAGAACGGGGGGAAAACGGAAAAGCUUGCUACGCAGGCUGAGAACCUCCCAGCAGAAAUUUGCCUCUUUAAUGCCCAAAAAUACAAGAAUCUGUUUAGCCAAACAAUGAAGCAGGUUUUCGAUUAAUCGCCUCGCUCUAAUAAUCGCCCCCCUUUUGCGGAAAGACGUAAAAUAAUCGCCCCUUCCCCGCCCCUCUCGCCAUCUUCUCUUCCUUUUUUUCCCUCCCUGUCAGGUUGUCAAGUUGAAGUGCAACGAGAUUCAGCAAAGCUGAUCAGUAACGAUUCAAGCUCUGAAAACUAAUCAAGGAGCUAAAUUUGAAACACUUAAAAAGCCCAUGUUCAGUUUAUUUGACGUGAUUAUUUUUUGAUUUAAUGGGAAAAUAAAACAAAUAUUUAGGGCAUGACUUCCAGUGAGCAAUAUUUGAAUAAUCGAAUAAUCGUCCCCUUUUUUGUGCAAAAAAAGAAAUAAUCGCCCCCGGCUAUUAUUCGAGGAAAUACGGUAUCUACAUCUCAGCUGAUUCUGAACAACUUUUCUUGGUGCAAAAUAGGAGUACUAUCCCGAGUGACGAUAACGACCUUAUGUAUUAACGGCGUCUGAAUAGUUACUAAUCAACACGAGCGAGCGACAAUAGACAAGCGUUAGUGUCGAUCACAGAACUGUCACAUGCUUUUCUCUUGCAGAUGCAGGUCCUUCAAUGACCCAGUAGAUAAAUGCUAUAUGUUCAAGGGAUGAUUACAACACCGGGUGGCUUCAAAACCAUCCAGCAUAUCGACAGUGAACGUUGAUCCAGCUAAUGGUCUCGGGUAUGGAUGCUAGCGAGAGUUCACCUCUUUUCGAACGCGAUCAGGGCCACAAGGAAGGACUAACCGCUUCAAAAUCCAAGAUAGAAAUCAAGAUUUACAAGCGAAGAUGGUAUGUUUUGUUCGUAUUCGCGGCUGAGACAUUGAUUUAUAACAUGGCAUGGAACACAUGGGCACCGAUUCAGGAACCGUGUAAAAUCGCUUUUGAUUGGACAGACUUCGAUCUCCUGUUGCUGACUUCGUGGGCUCCAAUAAGCCUGGUUCUAACUUCAGCCGCUUUUGCGUGGUUAAUGGACACAAAAGGUUAGUAUUUGUAAUUCCCUUUCCUGUCCAUUCGAUUCUAAGUUCCAAAACCUCUCACGACAAAAGACAAUAGACCUCUUUUACAGCUUGUAUGUUAUGUUUUCUCAAUGAAGAUCUCAGCGACAUUUGCUCCUUUGUCUUUUAAAAAAUUAAGUACGCGACUGAAGACAGCCUGCGAAAGAGCGAGGAGAAACGGCUGUUUUCGCAGGCUACUGAAGACAAAAUUUGAAAGAAACAGUUCUCAAGAGUAUUGUCACAUUACCAACUCUGGGAAAACAAAACAAACAAGCUAAAGAGGACUAGUGUCUUCAUAAUGGCCUCGCCUUACCCUCGAUUUAAACAGAGGCUUCAGGCAACUCGGAAAUGGCCGUUUGCUUCACUUGUUGUUGUUGUUUUACGGUUUUUGUUAAAUCUACAAGGAUUUCUGUAGUGCUAGUGUAUUAAGCCAGCGGUUGACAUCGUGAGCAUGCCCACGAAUGCUCGUGUUUGCACCGUGUGCUUUGAAGCGUGGGCGAUGAUGUAUAAAAUGAUCAGUUUAACUACCUUGUCCUUUCAGUGCCCUAAAUCGAUCCAAAGCUUUGCUUCGGGCUUGAGUGUGCUUUUUUGCUGCCAAAUUACCCCUACGAUAACAGCAGUUUAAUCUUGAAACACUUAAAACACUGUAAGAGUUAUUUUUCAAAAAAGUGUAGUAAAUUAACAGGGUAUUAAUGAAAGCAGCGACCUUAGGUUUGAGGUACUUUGCUUUUGCAAAUUUCUUCCAGUUCGUUUGAAGCGAACGACUACAACGAUCACUAUACCAACACCACGCGCUACCGCUGCCACAUGGCGGGUCCCACACAUUUUUUUUCUUAAGUCCGAAGAAUGUUGACUAAUUCAUGGCCCCGAAAUGUUCCCCAAAAGUUAAUAUUGUAUUGACCAAGCUGCCGAUACCAUCCUUAUCUUUUUUUCUCUUUAGGAUUAAGAAGAUCUGUGCUUUUAAUUGCCUUUUUGUCAGUCUUUGGCAAAUGUCUCCAACUUAUUCCAGCAAGUGAUAACAAGAUGCGGACCAUCUUUAUAAAUGUGGGUCAGUUCAUUAUCAUGGCUGGUGGAACUGUGGCUCUUAGUGCCCCUCCUCUAGUCUCUGCAACAUGGUUUCCGCCCAGUGAACGCACCACAGCUACUGCUAUUUCGGCUUUGGCAGGAUCCUUUGGAAUUUCUGUAGCAUUUGUUGUUGGUCCUGCAAUGGUUCAUAACAACGUUCCAGAAUCUAUCAUCAGCAAUUCAUCAAAUUCGGAAAAAAUGCAAAACUUAGUGGAAAUAAUGAGCCACCGAAUAACACAGUACUCAUUUUUUCAAGUAGGUUUGUGUAUAGCGACGUUUAUCUGCAUCUUGCUGUACUUUCCAGCAAGACCACCCCUCCCUCCGAGCCUCACUGCCUCUAGACCUCACACACAGAGCACAGCAGCUUCAUUUAGACAAGUCAUGAGGAAUGGCAAGUUCUUGUUGCUGAGUACACUAGCUGCUUUAGACUUUGGUGUUUACUUUAGCUGGUUGUCCGUGUUAGAUGUCUUUUUGGCCAAGUUUGAUGUGGAUCCUACUACCGCUGGAUGGCUUGGCUGUGGUGCUACAUCAUCGGGUUUUGUCUCUGGAAUUUUGCUGGCAAGGUACGCCGGUUAUUCACCUUGUUGAACCACAAUUCAGUAGUAGUUGAAUGUGCAUUUCAAGCCUGCCAUUUUAGGACACCCAAAUUUCUAUUUUUCUCGGGGAAGCAUGACCCCAAGUCCCCAAGUGGUGCUAUUAUGCUCACCGGUUCCUCGCCCACUCUCGAACUGCUCCUAACAUAUAGGGACGGCUUGAUUGCAGGCUACCUUGCUCCGCGAUUCCCGUUUGUGUUGUCGGUAGAUAUAUUUUUAAUGUCGAACAAUGACUUUGAUUCAUGUUUUGUGCGGGAUCAAGAGAAAAUUUUUUUGAAAAAUAAUAGUUUGAUGCAAACCUUAAUGAAUAAAUGUUCCAGACUCUGGAACAGGGUCAAAGCUAGUUUGCUAUGGGGUGAGAAAAUGGCUUCUAGACAGAAUUUCCUUUACCCUGCGAACGUAGUCGUAUUUCUGUUCGUCGCUUCUCUCCACCCGAAAACUUACUUUUCGGGUGGAAAGAAGCGACGAGCGGAAAUACAUCUGAUUUCGCGAUCGCAGGCUAAAUUGCCUUUGGCUUUUCACGCAUUUCAUCCAUAUCACGAAAUUUACCAGAAUUCAAAAAUUGGCCCCUGAGCUACCAAAUUGAAUGAAACAUGAAAAUAUAAACCACUCAUGCAAACCUUUGCAAGAAAGUAUUGAUAACACAGCAAAUACAAAAGGAAGCAAGGAUAGACAAACUUGAAGAAAGAUUGAAACGGGUCUUACAAUAAUUUGUUUUUGUUCUUUUUGUUAGCCUAAUUAACAGUUUGUCAAAGGUCGUGUUUGUUGUAUGUAACGUUUGAUGCUUGGAAGCCGGCAUAUUCUUCUACACGAAACUGUUCCAUAGCGAAUAAGGAUGCGCACCUGGCAUUAUAAACAAACUAAACUAGCCAGCCGUGAUACAGCCCCUUUAAUUUGAGUUGACCCUUUUUACUCCCAGAUCAAAUAAAGCUGUCUUGUAAGGUGGUUGUGGCAACAUUUUUGAGUCUGUGGAUGAAAUCCUAUAGUUAGCCUGCGUUGCUGCCGGUCCACCCAUCGUGUACGCCAUUAUUAUAGUAUAGCCCUAUACAUAGGGUUUAAAGUGACUGCGACGCAGGCUAUCCUAUGGUACCACGAUUCAAAUGAAACAUGAUAGCUUGCGAAAACAGCCGUCUUUCCUCGGUCCUUGCCACUUGGGAUGUUUCGCCGGAAGGGACGUCUGCGCCUCAGCGACAGAAAUUCCAUACUGAUGACGUAAAAUCUAUCCGGAAUCUGCCUAGGAGUUCUGAUUGGUCACACAGUAGUUAUAUUGUUUUAGCUAUUGUUUACGAACGACAGACAAAAGGCAAACGGUCACAUGGGUCAACGCGAUGGAUCUACUACAAUACCGUCCAUUUUCGUGGAAUAUAUUCUUCUUUGGCAGAGGCAUUUGAGUUUUGCUGGAGCUCGUUCGCCGAAGAAAACAAAACUUUACCAUAAUCGACCAGGAGAAACAUAAAAUUGACCAAAUAAACAUUUGGAGCCCCUUGACUACCGGAUUUAUUAUGCAAACAUUGACUUACGUCAUCAGUACGGUAUUUCUGUCGGUAAUGCGUGGACUUCCCCUCUGGCGAAACGUCCCUAACGAAGAGGAGCGAAGAGGGACGGUUAUUUUUGCAGGCUAGGGACAUGAACGUUUUGUCCUUAUCUCUUUAAGGUAUGCAGACCGUUUAAAAAACAAAACAAAACAGAUGUUAACACUUCUCUUGGCUCUCUCAACAUUAUCCUUGCUGAUCUUCAGUUUGUCCUGUGCUGGAAUUCUACCAUCCACCAAACCACUACUAUUCAGCUCCAUCAUCUUUGGAGGUUUGUUUUUCAACAGUGCCAUUCCACUAUUUAUUGAACUUACAAUGGAGUGUGCAUAUCCAGUAGGAGAGGGACUCGCUAGUAGCCUUAACAUGACCAUGACAAAUAUAAUCGGAUUGUUUUUCUACAUCCCCUUCAUGCUGCCGCACUCUGAUGUAAGAUGGAUGAACUGGGUGACCGUUUGCAGUCUGGGUGCUAGUGUCUUAGGGUUGCUCAUUUACAGAGAAAAGUACACUCGGCUUGAGAUAGAUGAACGAGAUGAUGUUGAU